UUUCCAGCGCCGCGAGGAUUUCCUCGAUGCGGAUACGUGUUUACGGGAAUCCAAAGCCGCAACCGGAAUUUCGAACCGAGCCAGUGUACGGAUAGCCAACCAGCGCCAGCGGUCAAUGACCGUGAGUGGACCGGGGACCAGAUGGACCAACCAAAGUCCAAAGCGGACCAGCGCCGCGAAACGCGUACCGUGUCAGGCGGUGGUGGCGGCACUCGUGAAAAACCGGACAAACCGAAAAAGGAUAAGAAGGACAAGGGCAAGACAGCGGCCGGAACGGGCGGUUCGAAGCGAAACAAAAAGGCCAAGAAGGAUGCCCCGAAACCGAUGACCCGGGUGGUUAUUCGUCACCUACCGCCAACAAUGACGGAGGAGUUGCUUCGCGAGCAAAUAUCGGUGGAUGGGCAGAUGCCCAAACACGAUGAGUUCUACUUUGUUGGUCCCGACUGGUCGCUCGGGGUGCAUGCGUCGUCUAGGGCGUACAUCAAUUUUAUCGAACCGGAGGAUAUAUUCCGUUUCACCGAUAGUUUCGAUGGUUACACGUUCGUCGACACCAAGGGCAUGGAGUAUCAGGCCGUGGUGGAGUAUGCGCCACUGCAGAAGCUCCCGAAAAAUCGGUCGCGUAAAAAGGAUGCCAAAUGCAACACAAUCGAGAGCGACAGCCAUUUCAUCAGCUUCAAGGAAGCGCUAGAAGCGGAAGAGCAGGAAGCACUGCAUGGAAGGGGCACGCAGGAAUUUAGCUUCAAGCUGGAACAGGAAAACAAAACGACAACGACGCCGCUGCUCGAGUUUAUCGCACAAAAAAAGCAGGAAAAGCGUGACGAACGGCGUCGGAAGCAGGAGGAAAAGCGGAAGGCGCGGGACGAGGAACGGCACACGCGCAAGACUCAAAUUGCCAAAGCGAUCCCGGCAGCUAUAAAAGAGGAGAAGGACGGUGGUGACAUCGUCGUGCGGACCGUACUCUCACGCUUAAACCCUCAGGCACAGCAUGCCGCAAAGGGUGCGGGAUCUACCGGUGGGUCGGAGAAGAAGGGUGCGGGAUCUACCGGUGGGUCGGAGAGGAAAGGUGCAGGUAGGGAUGGGAAGCUGAAGGACGAUAAGGACAAAAAAGCGAGAAACAGGAAGGAAAAAGAUCGCACUAACCGAGGAGAAAAGAAAGCGACUGAGGAUACUAAACCUCAAGGCGGUGGAACGCCAGUGGAUGGUGAAAAGCAUGGAGGAAAGAAGCAAGAUCGCGAAAAAUCGGGCAAAAAACCCAAUCGGGAGAAAGAUAAACCGAAGGAAGAAAAUCGACAACAAAACGCUCCUCGAGUUGAAGCAAACGAGAGGCAGAGGAAGGAGAAGGAACAUGGUGCGGGGGGCAAAGCUGAUUUGGCGUCCACAUCGAAGCCGAAUUCCAGCGUAUCCCUUGAAGAUUCCAGCAAGAAAGAGGUGAAAAAGUACAGCGAACGCCGCAAGGAAACUCGUGCCCGGGCCGAAACCAGGUUUGCCGAGCAGGACAUAAAGAAAGACAACGACCCGGCCAGACCAUCGCCAGAAGCAUCCGCAAGCAAUGCAAACAUCGAUGUCAAAAAGAGCAUGCUUACCGCGAACGUGGCACCGUUUAUUCCGAAAGAGAAAACGACCAUCAUCCUAGCCGGACCGUCGUCGACGUCCACCAACAAUCCAGCCGCACUGCCAUCCACAAAGACGCCUGCCGGGAGCGGGUCGUCGGCUAGCAAAGCCGUGAAGCCGAUCUCAGAAGAAACGACCUCGGAUCACGGCAAGUCUCCGUCGCCCGACGAUAGCGGGCGGCCGGACGAAAACGUUCCGCCGAAGGUGCCGAACGAAAAAAUCAGCGAGAAGGUCCGGGAAGCGCGGGAAGCGCGCAAGAUACGCAACAAAGAUCGGCCAUCGAUCGAAAUUUACCAACCCCGCAAACGGAUAGUGCCCGGUGCGGGCAAAAGCGAGGAAGAUCGUGGUCGCAGCGAUUCCGAUCGACCCUCGGAUAGUGUGUCGACGUCGGCAGCCGCGGGAGCCGGUCAGGACGAUGGUGGUGCAAAGGAACGACGUCACAAGCUGACGAAGAAGGCAUCCGAUCGGCAACCGACGAGGGAGCGCAAGAAUGGACGCAAGAAUUCGACUGAUGUUGAAGGUUCAAACGAUGCCGGUUGGUGGAUAUAAGACGGAGGAGAGGGCUCUUCGACGUGGAAGGGGCGAGGGGUGAUCGUUGGAAGUCUGGUACAUUGAAACAAGUAAUAUUACAAAAGUGUGUCCGCAGAACCCCUUUCACUGAUUUCAUGUGUUUCUUUCAUGAACGAAAUAAACGGAGUGCAUUGUGACGCUUUUAUGCAGC